AUGUGCUUCGACCAUCCUGUCAUCUAUAUCUGCCGUCACUGCGAAGGUCGCAUACGUGGCGGUGGUUAUGUUCGUGUGCUUUGCCCAGAUGGCGAAGAUACUCAACGAGAGUGCCAGUUCCCAGAGCUUGGUGCCGAGGAACUGAGGGAAGCGUCGGACUUGUGCUCCCGAUGCUUGCGAUCAUUGAACCACGGCCGCAGCCACACCCGUUAUCAAGAGCCCAUACCAGAAGAAUACGAGGGGCAAUAUCCACCACCCCCCUACCGACAACAGCGUCAGCAUGCUACGGGGCCACGGUCUCCAUCACGAGAACGAGCCAGACCACGACAGCAGCUCAACAAUAGCAAUAAUGGCCAUGGCAAUGGGGGCGGUCACCCUCUGCAAGGCUUUGACAAUCUCUCACUCUCAGAUGACUUGUCGCUCCCUCCCGAUGGACCCAUGCCUGCCAGGGACAGGGACGACUACCCCCGACGAGAUCACCGGGCUCGGGACGACCGUGAACAAGUGCACACAACCCUCCGCGGAGGUGGUGGCGAGCCGAACACAUCGCGUUCAGGGCGACGACACUGGGACGAUGCCGACACCAACAGCAUCCACUCCGCAAGUGACUAUGACCGGGGAGGUGGACGCGGGCGAGGGCGGAAGCAAAGUCCUGGCAGGGAUCAUACCCGCGUGGACUCCCGCCGCCGCCAUGGCGGUCGUAACGACAACAUCGGCAGACGCCGCGGCGGAGAUGACAGGCUCCAAUCCAUCUGGGAUCGUGACGACGGGUAUUCCGACUCUCUGAGACCAUCCUCGCGGUCCGGCUACUCAGGCUCGACAGGCUGGAGUCGUCAGAGCCACGGACCUUUCGGCAUCACCCGCACCACGGACGAGUACGGGGUACCAGAGGUCACGGUGCCCGUGUUACCCGGAACGAAAGUGAAGAAGGAGGGUAAGCAACUCGUGCAGGUUCGACGCAAGAAGGGAGGUCAAUCUUUAUUUGAUCACUUGACUGUGAUGUGA